AUGGCCGACGCCCUACGUGACUCAAAAAUCCUGAUCGACUCCCUUCGUGAAGGAAGUUGCCCUGACGCCAACGCAGAACGGAUCCUCCAUGAUAUUCGUAUACUUAGUCAACAGUUCACAUCUAUUUGUUUCUCUUUUGGUCCUCGCACAUGCAACAUUGCUGUUCACACAAUGGCGAGAGUAUCCAAAUUUUCUGGUGCCUGUAAUUGGGAUUCCUUGACCCCCCCCUUAUGCCUGUUCUCAUCACUUGAGAAGGAAGCGGCCGGCUUGGCAACUUUGAAUAAUUGA